CUCCCUCCUCCUCCUCCUCCUCCUCUCUCUCUCUCUCUCUCUCUGAGACAGAGAUGCUUUCCAAAAGCUCAGAUCUCCCCCAGGAGUCCCUUGAAAUAAGGCAGGAUGACAAGUUCUACACCAGGCUCCUCUCCAAGGAGAGCUCUAUGGCCAACCCUUCCUUCAGGGUCUACUAUGGGGUGGCCACUGGGUCUGUGCCUUUCUUGUGGGAGUCACGACCUGGGACACCAAAGAGCACCAUCACCACCACCACCCUCCCUCCCCUCACCCCUCCACCCUCAUACUACUCCAGCCCCAAGAUCAAAAGCUCCAAGAAGUCCCCCAAGUCCAACUUCCUUCAUACCAUCCUCCCUAGGCUCACUCUGAGGAAGGCCCAUGCACCGCCUUCGCCGUCUGUCUCGCUGUCAUCCUCGUCGGUGUCAUCUUCCUCCUCCUCCUUCUCUCCAACGGGCUUCACAGGCGCUCAUCACCAGCGCCGGCGGUCAUCAACCACGAGGUUUUCAUUCUCCUCCCGGGGCGACGACGAGGACUCCGACGACGAUGGGUCCCCCACCUCGACUUUGUGCUUCAGGAUGCGGCAUGCGGCCACCGGCAGGCUCAGGGGUUGCCACUCGGUCGUUACCAUGAAAAAAGCAUUGCUGUCGAUCGUCGGUCAUGGAUCCAGCCAAGAUACUGGUGCCUAGAGGCCUAAAUCAACACUUUGUGUCCGGUUUGGGAGUGUGACAUUUGUGCUAGUGUUCCUCAUCUACCAAAGAAGAAGGAAAACGAAAAUUGAGAAUGUAAUAGCUAGAUAUCAGGUCUCGUCUAUGUUAAGAAUAACAUGGCUUCAGUUUAUAUCAGCAUAGCUCAUGCUCUCCCUUGCUUUCUCUACCACAGCCAUCUUUAUUCUUCUUCUUCUUCUGCUUUCCAUUUUUUUUUUUUCUAAUUUUAAUAUACCCUUUUUUUUUUAUCAUAUAUAAUUUGAGAUGGUGAAAAUAGAGUUUGGUUUGAUGGGUGUGUAAAGAUGGCAGCUUCUGCAUUGGUUUCCUCAGGUGAUAUGACAUGGGUAGCAUGAGAAGAAAGCAGAGAUAAACGUGUCCUACUGUUGUUCGUGAUAAGCACCGAGCUGUGUCAAUGUAACCAAUUUGUCCAAUUAAUAGAGUUACCAUUAUCCUCAAAAUCCGUUAUAGCUGGGCUUUAUAUACAUUCUGUACAUGCUAUUUGUAAAUAAGAAAUUCAGACACAAUUGGAUA